AUGUUCCAGCAACUUCUUGUCAUAAUUAUCAGUUAUGGUUUAUUGCGUAGUAUGAUAUAUGGGCAAUGUGUCGGUGCAAAUUGUGGUAGAUCUUCCAUAGGUGUACGGAGACAUCAUCUUUUGACAUCAUCAAGAUUCUCCCCAGUCAACUAUCGUAAUCAUCAUCAUUAUCACAUAACAACAUUUAGCACGGGUUGUGGAGCUGAUAAGAAUGCUGUUGGUGAUAAUUGUUGUAAUUGCUGUUGCAAUGAGAUAUCACCGUCAUCUCCUUGCAUAAAUGAUAACGAUAAUCAUUCCGGAGGUGCAACCGUAAUAGCAACUGGAUGUGAACCAUCAUCAACAGAUUGCAAUUCGAAGGGUGUAACAGAUCCGAACAUUUCACAGGAAGAAGAUGAGUACCCGACAAAUGUUCCAUCAUCUCUCGGUAAAAAACCAUUCAAGAUCGAAUCAAAUUGCCCACCUUCGCGAUCUUGUCCUUUAUCACCUCCUUGUCCUACUAUUUCAAAUUCUCAACGAUUCAACCAAAACAGUGACACUCAGACAUUCAAGAAAAAUCUUACAUUGCCGAUACUUCCCAAAGGUGUACCAAUUAUUCCAUCUCCUCAAUUGGACAUGUUAACUAAUGGUGGUAACAUUGGGUUCAGCAAUAUUCAUGAUCUUCAUUUACCAACAAUUCAACCACCAUCAAUUGGAAAGCCUCGAAUACUGGAACCAUUUGUGGAUAAUUUUCCAUCGCAUGAUUGUUGCACUCGAUGUAGUAGUGAAAAUUGUAUAUUACGAAAUACAAAUAAUGCAGUAAUAUUAGCAGCACGUACAUUCAAGAAUAGACGAAAUUACGAAACAAAAUGUAAAAGCAAAGAAUUGAGGAAAUUAAUGUUAGCGAACAUCAAAAAGGAUCCAUCACGUUCAAAACGAGUAAUACAACGAGCAGCGGAACAAAAAUUUUCUAAGCAAUUUAAUGUUAUUUGUUCUAGAGGUGACUUUAGUUAUGUGACACAUACAGCUGAAUAUUGUGAAGUAUUCAGCCAUGGUACCACCUGUUAUGCUUUUACAAUUCAUUGA